GUUUCCCCCGGACCCACGUGUGUUUGGACAGGAGUGAACUUGGGAGCUGCUGCGGCAGCAGUCCGUGAGAUUGUUGUAUCUGGACACCGCGGGGCCUCGGUGGCCAGGACAUCGCCAUGCCUAAAGGACUGAAAGGAAAAAUUGUAGGUCGAGAAAAAAAAGUCAUCCAUCCGUACAGCAGGAAAGCAGCCCAGAUUACAAGAGAGUCUCACAAACAAGACAAGAAGGAAAGAUUGAAGACUGAGAGGGCCCUGCGUCUCAACCUUAUUGGUGACAAACUUCAGUGGUUUCACAGUCACCUGGAUACAAAAAAAAAGAGAUAUUCAAAGAAGGAUGCCUGUGAAUUAAUUGAAAGGUACUUGGGUCGAUUCAGCAGUGAGCUGGAGCAGAUUGAGCUGCAUAACAGCAUCAAGGGCAGACAGGGCCGGCGACACUGCUCCCGGGAGACUGUCAUCCAGCAGACCAUGGAGCGGGAGCGGCAGCAGUACAGAAGCUGUGGCUUUGAAAUCCCAGACAUUUUAGAUGCUAAUAAUCUGCAGACUUUUCGAGAAUGGGAUUUUGAUCUGAAGAAAUUGCCAAACAUCAAAAUGAGGAAACUUUGUGCUAAUGAUGCCAUCCCCAAGAAGCGCAAACAGAAAACCAUUUUAAAUGUAGAAACAGAUUUAAACAUAGAAAAAGAUUUAGGGGAAUUAGAACUAACUGUGGAAACUGGAGACUUUAAAGAUGGGAAAUUGGAGGCAGCAAGUGAAGCAAGUGACUCGGAUGAAGAAAUGACUCCAGUGCCUGCCUGCCCUAGGGAGGCCUCUUGAGCCCCUCCGUCCUUCCCACUGACGGUAAAUACCGUGCGGGGGCCAGCUCAGCAGGUGGGGCCUUGCAGCCACGGCUGACUGCCAAAGUGUGGUUCCCAGGAUCCGUGGGUUGAAAAGAACAGAUGCUGUGAGUUUUCUUCUAACCCCCACAUGCACACACAUAAAUAAAUAAUUUCUUUUAGUAA